CAAACUCUUUGUUUACGUCGUAGACGUCAAUUUAAACAUCUGUUGAUAAAAUCAGAUAAAAUCUGUUUAGUCAAGUUCACAAUUUGUGAUUCACAAGUCUAUGUGAGAUAUUUUAAAAAAAAUUUAUUAAUAUUUUUUCGUUUUCCAUUGUAACCGUAAAAUAUAAAAAUGGCUUGGACUGGUUACCAAACGUUUAUAGCUCUUUUAAUGAUUACUACUGGAAGCAUCAACACAAUCAGUACAAAAUGGGCUGAUUUGAUAAAAUCAAUUGGUCGGGAUGGCGAAGAAAAGAAUUUUGAUCACCCCUUUUUUCAAGCUAGCACUAUGUUUUUGGGCGAACUUAUGUGUCUAGUAUUAUUUAAAACUUUAUACAAGAUAUACAGUAAAAGAGCAGAUGGAACAGAAGAUGUUUCAGAGUUGACAAAGGGUAAUAGAGAUUUUAAUCCUUUCAUUUUGUUUAUUCCUGCUAUGUGUGAUAUGACAGCUACAUCUAUAAUGUACAUUGGUCUCAAUUUAACUUUUGCUUCUAGUUUUCAAAUGUUCAGAGGAUCUGUUAUUGUAUUCGUUGCAUUAUUGAGCGUAGCUUUCUUAGGGAAAAAUUUGGUUAAAAGAGAGUGGUUUGGAAUAGGUUCUGUGAUCAUAGGUUUAGCAAUUGUUGGUGUGGCAGAUUUUGUUUCUAAUGAUAAUGAUGGAUCUCAUAAUAAAAAUGAUAUAAUAACAGGCGAUAUGCUUAUUGUAAUUGCACAAAUUAUACAAGCCAUUCAAAUGGUGGUAGAAGAGAAAUUUGUUGGGGGAUUAAACAUACCUCCUUUGCAAGCUGUAGGAUGGGAAGGACUGUUUGGUUUUUUAACUCUUGGAUUUUUACAAAUCCCAUUUUAUUUUAUACGUGCUGGCCCUCCGCUAACACAGCACAAUGGGGAUCGGUUAGAAGAUGCCGUUGAUGCUUUUGUUCAAAUUGGGCACAGUUGGCAAUUAUUUAUUGCAAUUUUAGGUACUGUUAUUUCAAUUGCAUUCUUUAAUUUUGCUGGUAUAAGCGUAACAAAAGAAAUGUCAGCAACUACCAGAAUGGUUUUGGAUAGCAUUAGAACGAUUAUUAUUUGGAUGUUUAGUUUAAUGUUUUUUGAUCAAAAAUUCCACGCUUUACAGCUUCUGGGUUUUCUUCUGUUAAUUGUUGGUAUGUGUUUGUAUAAUGGAAUAACAUUUGCAUCCACCUUUAUGUCAGUUAGAUCAGCCAUUUUAAGAAGAACUAAUAGACAUAGGCUUGAUGAUGAAAGCAUAAUAAACACAAAUGCAGGCGAUACAGAGGAUUAAUGAUGUCAUACUGGUUUUAGUUUUAGUAUAGGAAAUGCCUAAAAUUAUAUAUGUUUUCUUAGA